GUCGCUCGUUCGCUCACCACAGACUUUCAAUUCGUGUGUAUCAGCAGAAGACGAAACACAUCGGGAGUCCUUAGCAUUGCGUGUGUUGCAACGCAGACGGUAUUUUCUAUGUUUUCCUUUUUCGCGAUGUGCAUGCACAGCUGAUUCGUCAACACAAAGGCAAGCCAACACAUGACAUGCGACGACAAAGAACAUGCCAGGAUUUCACUAAACCUGAUCUCUUCGGCAGAAUCGGACCUCUAAAUGGUGCAAUAGCAAAGGACUAUCAUCCUUGGAUUAUUCAUUUUUAUGCUGGCAUAUUUUGAAUAUCCAUAACGCAGAUACUAUGGCGGAAAUCUCUUUAAAAUGUAGCUUCAUUUCGUGGCGGAUGUUUGUUAUGAUCUACGUCGGAGCUUCCUUGAUGUGCGAGCGAAUAUCAGCACUAGAAGUCAUCACCCAGGGUACAGUAUCUCUAUGGCUCCAUCAGAAAGACCAAUCCAUCCCGUGCGAUGUACGGCUCGAGGAGGGAGAACGGAUAUACGCAUUCUCCUGGAGCCGCAUGGAGCAGGAGGAAGGGGAGGCUCCCUCACUAAAAACCAUCGUGAAAGUCUUCAAGGAUGCGGUAUCGGGAUCGGGAAUCGAGAGCGGGAAUUUCAGUCUUUCAGUGAACAGGUCGUUGGUUCUACACAGGCCCCCGACGAUAGAGGACGAGGGGCUAUCGUACGUCUGUAAAGUGAUUUUAUUUGGCGCCCCCAAGGGUCAUCAAAAUGCCAGUACUAUUCGUGUUCUUUCCGCUCCAAAGGAGCCAUAUCCCUUUAUUCCAGAAUGUGCAAAUGGCCAUGAAUACGUUGAACGUACAAACAACACAUGUGUAAUCAAACAAGAGGCUGGGACGAGUCUAAACUUAACGUGCAAGAUGUCUGGAUUUCGACCGCUGGUGGAUCUAAGAUGGACGAACAAUUCUCAUAGUGAUAUUCCAAGUUACAGAACGUUGACAAAUAACUCUGAUGGAACACAGAGCAUGUCUGUGACAUUUGAAGUCAUAGCUAGCCUUGAGAGACAGGAGUUUUCAUGUAAUGUUAGCGGAGAAGCCGUCUCGGGGGACAGAUGGAGCGUAGUCGCCGUCCAAGGAGUAGAAGCCGAUGGCUCACCACUCGUGGUCAUCAUCGUCAUCGUCGUCGCUAUCCUGUUAGUACUCAUAGUUCUCCUCAUCGUCGUCAUCCUCGUACUUAAGAGUAGAAAGAGGUCAAGAUCGAGAGCGGCAUCGAGGGAACAGACGAAGCACGAGCAGCUCACUGACCUGGAAAAGGGUUCAGACAUUCGUCCAAAAGAAAACAAUCACUACACUUUAGAACCAGUUUCAGUAGUGGUAGAAGAGCCCCCAGUCGAGACCAGACUUAACGAAGGAACACAGACAGAUAUUCCAGAACCACUCGAAGAUGAAGACCGGAUGAGCACCGAAGAUGAGGAGCAGUCCCAAGAACUGUUGAGCAAAGAUGACAGAGAAGAUAGCAAGUCCGUCUCGAUAGGGCCAUCACAGGUCUCGAGCCGAUCCGACAUCGCCCAUGCUGACUUCGGCGAGAGCUGGGUUUGUGUGAGCAACGAAGAGGUGAAGAGACUACGAGCUGCAGCUAAAGAUGAAGACGGGACAGCGGUUGAUGACCCAACUCCAACGGAAGACCCCCCUCAACGUCCGGGCCACUUCCGCGGCAUCGCCCAAGGGUUUGGAAACCUUCUCGACACUGUCAACAACUUCCUGCGGCACGAAGCUUGAUCCGAUGGACACUGAUCGUCGCUGUUAGCUUAUUUAUUGCUCUUGAUUUGGCUGCCUCAGCCAAUCCUAGUGAAGAGUACCGUUAGGGAUGUGAUUCCUUGUUCACAGACUGUGUGAUACAGUAGAAAGGGACGUUAAUGGUCAGGAAUGACUAAAAAACAUCACUUGUACAUCUUGCCAUCUCUAAUCCUGAUGGGUAUAUCCGAAGUAUAACCAUGAAUGUCAAAUUACAUGAGCACUAACCUAUUCGCAAACACCCAAAACAUUUGUGCUUUGUAAGCCCGAUUAUAUUUAUUCCCCAAAUAAGGAACUCAUACAGACAUUUUAUCUCAUCCCCAGUAACAAGUGGGAGCCAUGCUGGUUCCUAGAAAAUAUAGGCCUAAAUAUUCAUUGUAGUUACCAAAGAGGUAUAGAUUGUGUAAUAAUAUGUGCAAGUCUAAGUCUUUAUACACACUGCAAACUGGUAAAUCAAGGCUUUAGUAGUAAGCAUGUGCUCUUGAAUUAUACUAUUGAAGUUUUGUCCAGUGUUAUCUUGCUGAGAGUCGUGAGUCACGUGAUCAUGUCAGAUGAUAUUCUUUCAAUGCUAUUGGAUGAUGCGGUGCAAUAAGGUAAAUAGGCAAAAUCUAAACAUUGCAGCUCUGAUGUGAUUGUAAGUACCUUCGCACACUUUAUUCUGACGAAUUGCACUUCCUUCAUGUACCUCGGGUUGCCAUUGAAAUUGAUAGAAUAGUAAUAAAGGUCUUGUUGGGACAGUAGUUGGACAUGCUCUCUGGAUACGACACCGAAGGUGAUGUAGAAUAGCGCCAUCUACGUUUCGGACGCGUGUUCUUUCCGAUAACGUGCCCAUACCACUGAGACCAGUCAGCCCAGCAUGCUAACCCUAACUUCACGAUAUAUCUGAAUAACUUUUAUGUACAGCAUCAUGGUCACAAAAUCCAUUGACAUUCCCAUCAAUAUUGUGGCGUUUGUCGGGAAAUGAGUCAACAAAUACCUUUAUGAGGUUUGUAUUAUUUGUUAAUGAUCAAUGUUUACAUUGAUAGUUUUUGUGAUAACUUGUCCAGCUUAAACCAUUACCUAUUAUCAUCAUUACUACAGCUAUGUAAUGUUGAAAAUAUCGUGUUUUCAGAGAUAAAAAUGAAUAAUAUACGGUUCAGUUUGAGGCGUCGCGUCGUUGAGAUGAAAUAUGAAGGUAAAUAUUUACAGAACAGGGUCUCUUUACAUUGCACACUCUAUUUAUAUUGCAUUCUCAGAAUGUGUUUUAAUCAAACCAUGUUGGUUAAUAAUAUUUACCAAUUGUUGGUUAAAAUAUGAAAUUAUCAACUGUUUAUUAAAAUAGGAAAUUGCCAACUGUUAGAUAAAAUAUAAAAUUACCAACUGUUGAUUAAAAUAUAAAAUUACCAACUGUUGAUUAAAAUAAGAAAUUACCAACU